AGCUUACUGCUCUAGGAACCAGACUACAAGCGAGCCAAAUGUCUUUCUAUCUCAAUGCUGUCAAGCAAGAGACAGACGAGCCAAUUCAUUCUCAGACUGCGUUUAGUGACAUGAAAAGACUUCACGGGAGAGAUCUUGCUCAUUUCGCAAGUAAUUCAGGGAAACCGUCAUUGCAUAACAAUAAGAAUCUUACGUCAUUGCAUAACGAUCAGAAUGUUAUGUCAUUGCUUGACGAUCAGUUUUAUACGUCAUUAUUGCCUUAUGCAAAACAAGAACCCUUGUAUAAAUCCCAGCUAUCAGCACCACAGGGCCUGUCUUCAUUCUCUCCGGGUCAGAUUGAAUCAUCGAAGAAUGAAACUUUUGGGAUGAUGUCAUCAAAGCCCGGUUUCUUAAAAUCUAUGAAUAAGCCAGAGCCUAUGUCCAUCACUGCACAACUGAAACGCCUGAAUGUGUCCGCUGGAAACUGUUCAUUGCCAUCUGGAAGUAAUGCAAAGACUUCCCCCAAAAAGCCGACUAUUGGCCAGAAAAAAAUGUUAGAAGCACCUGUUUCUUCGCUAAGGUAGUUUGAUUUUUGUAGUCUGAUAACAUAUCGUUUUAAUUAAAAUGUCGACUCUUUGGCUACAUAUGAUCAGUAAGAAGCAGAAAGUGUCUGGAGCAUCGUCGGAUCAAACUGUUGAUCAGCCGCUUAAAGUCGUAACUGCUCUCAGCAGAUUGCAUCUCAUGGUCCAAGAUGUUCGAGCCGAAUUAGAUAAGGAACGGGAGGCCCGACAAAACUUGGAAAACCGUUUGGAACAAAUUGAACGAGAUCGAGAACGAGAGCGUGCCGAACAAGAGGAAAGGGAGAAAAGAUUUCAAAAACAAUUUGAUGAAAUCAUGAAAAAAAUAGCUGAUAAGUAAUCCUAGUAUGUUGUGUGUUAAGAAUCUGGCUUUUCCACAAGCAUCAGCUAAAGUAGAAAUCUGGUUGUCCAUAACUUUGUUUCUUGAUGUCAUUUUUGGUUGUUUAUGAUUCUAGAUAUGAUACGUGAUGACUGGAUUUUUAAAA